GCCGAGGAGCAGGAGUCGGCUUCAGCCGAGGAGCAGGUGUCGGCUUCAGCCGAGGAGCAGGAGUCGGCUUCAGCCGAGGAGCAGGAGUCGGCUUCAGCCGAGGAGCAGGCACAGGGGUCUGCCGAGGAGAACUAGGGGACUGGCUGUGAGCAGGACUAGGACUAUGAUGAGUGAUAAGACAAACACUAGGACUCGGGCAAGGACUUGAGAGAGGACCAGGACUUACAAUCACACUAGUGCUUUGAGAAGGGCUUGGGCAACGACCAGGACUUACAGUCAUACCAGGGCUUGGGCAAGAACUAGGACAAACGGUCAAACUAGGGCUUGGGCAAGGACUGGGACUAACAAUCAAACUGGUGCUCGGGCAAGGACUAGGACAAAGACUAGGACUUACAGUAACACUGGGGCUCGGACAAGAACUUGGGUAAGGACUAGGGUUCGGACUAAGACCACGAGGGGAAUCAGUACUAAUAUUACAAAGGCAAGAAACAAGACUCGGGACCGGACUCGAAACAGGACUCGGACUACGGAUCAGUCUACGAGUGGAACUAGGACUACGACGACUACGAGAAAGACUAGGACUACCACUAGAAUCAGAACGGAAACUCGGACCAGGACUUGGACUACGACUCAGUCUACAAGUCGGUCUACGAGUAGGACUAGAGCAUGGGCUACGAAGAAGGCUGGGACUCGAACUCUGAGAGAGACUGUGACUAAAACUAGAACUAGGGCACGGACGGAACACAGGUGGAGGCGGUCUAAGAGGGCGUGACUUGACCGGGGAGAACACCGGUGGAGGAGGUCUAGGAGGCCGUAGUGGCUUAACAGGUGUAAACACCGGUGGUGGAGGUCUAGGAGGCUUAGUAGUAAUACUGGCCCUCCCCUCGAGACCCGGAUUCCAGACGGGGUCCCGUUGGAUAGAGGCUGACCGUAAGGGCGGGCGGUGGGAGGUUUGGAGGAGGGCAGACUCCACCCCAUUAGUCUGUAUGAGGAGAGGAUUGUUCUGAGCAGCAAGAAAUUUCUCCUCCAGCUCCAGUUCAAUCAAAACUCUCCUGUACCACUCGUCCAUCCAGGCAGGACUAUAUUUUUCUAGGUCAGUUUCAAAAUCAGGUGACGUAGGGGUAGGACGUGAAAUAGGCUGAGAUGUGGGCGGGGCCAAAGUAAUGGGAGGCUGAUCUUGACAAUUAACAAUAUACUGAGGGUGACUAGAAUCAAUAUAAAUGUCCUGAUACUGUGUGAAAGUAUUAUUACUGUCCAAGUCUUUGGAAAAUGGCUGAGAUAUAUCGUCCACAAUAAAAAAAUCUUCUGAAAAAAUGUCAUCAACAGAGGCCGGUGUUGCGACACCGGUGGGCGUUCCCCAAAUGACGUCAUCGCUUGUGUCAGAAAAAGUGUCAUGGCAGCUUAAGGAAUGAUUUGAAAAAAAACAAGCAGGAUUACCGGUAAUGACGGGUGAAUCCUGGACGGGGUGAAACUUGCUGUGUCCAUGGGGAGGAAUAAGUGGUGCUGGAACAUUACUGCCGCGCGGGGGACCUCUCCACUGGACCCCCCGCUUCUUCGGGGCAGCGCGAACGGCUUCGGAGGAGACUUCAGGCCCACAGUCGAGUCUUUCCUGCUCCCAAGCCACGAGCUCCAACCACAACCCUAAGUCGAAGGGUUCCUCCCGUGGUUUCGACGCGGAAAAACAACUUGAUGCUCGGAUCCUACUGUGAAGACUCUUCUUCGGCAUUGUAAUGCCGGUGUGGUUUUCCCGUGGAUGCGUCGAAGCAGAACACAGCAUAGUGCCCAUCAUCCCAAGCUACCUGUACAACCUGGAUGAGUCAUCGGCCGUCGUAUUGAACAACACCUCAGCCCAGAAGCAGACUGCCCCGGCAGCGUUUGAACAGAUCGUGUCAUUGUACGACAACACGGUGCGCUCAUCGGUCUCUAACGCCACGGUGAGGGCGACGGACGGCGUCGUUCCGACUUUCACCACCGCUGGCGUCGUCGAGCUACCGGACAACUCCUCCGACUGCCCUCACUCCACCAACGAGCUGAUCAACGAGAAUGUCAAAGUGGGAUUGUUGUUUGCCUCCAAGGCCACGGUGCAGCUGAUCACCAACCCCUUCAUUGGACCACUCACCAACAGGAUCGGAUACCAGCUUCCUAUAUUCAUCGGCUUCUGCAUCAUGUUCAUGUCUACAAUUAUGUUUGCCUUCUCAUCAAGCUAUGCGCUGCUGUUUCUGGCCAGAUCACUUCAAGGUGUGGGCUCGUCCUGCUCAUCUGUAGCUGGGAUGGGACUGCUGGCAAGUGUGUACACAGACGACGAGGAGAGAGGACAUGCCAUAGGGGUUGCCCUUGGAGGUCUGGCAAUGGGAGUUUUAGUUGGACCCCCAUUCGGUAGUGUGAUGUAUGAGUUUGUUGGGAAGACCGCUCCUUUCCUCAUUCUGGCAUUUCUGGCUCUGUUCGAUGGAGCUUUACAGCUCUUUGUACUUCAACCUGCUAAAGUAGAACCGGAAAGUCAGAAGGGGACCCCACUGCUGACCCUCAUGAAAGAUCCGUACAUCAUAGUUGCAGCUGGCGCCAUUUGUUUUGGGAAUAUGGCCAUCGCCAUGCUGGAGCCAACACUGCCAAUCUGGAUGAUGGAGACCAUGUGUGCCAGGAAAUGGCAGUUAGGAGUGGCGUUCUUACCAGCAUCCAUCUCCUACCUUAUUGGAACCUACAUCUUUGGAACACUGGCGCACAAGAUUGGGAGAUGGCUUUGUGCUGUCAUUGGAAUGGUGAUGGUUGGGAUCUGUGUAAUCGGGGUUCCAUUUGCAAGAAGUAUUUAUGGUCUCAUUCUUCCAAACUUCGGGGUUGGUUUUGCAAUCGGCAUGGUGGACUCUUCGAUGAUGCCGAUCAUGGGAUACUUGGUGGACUUGCGGCACGUGUCCGUUUAUGGAAGCGUGUACGCCAUUGCUGAUGUGGCGUUCUGCAUGGGAUUUGCAUUAGGUCCGUCUAUUGGGGGAGCCAUUGCUCAGAGCAUCGGCUUCCCCUGGCUGAUGACCAUCAUCGGAAUAGUGGAUAUCUUGUACGCUCCACUCUGCCUCUGCCUCAGGAACCCACCCGGACAGGAGGAGAAAAUUGCAAUUUUGAUGGACACCAACUGUUCAAUGAAGACCAGGUCCUAUUCCACGCAGGGAGCUUCCUACCAAGGGGACAACAUGGAUCCAGACGAUGAUGAUUACGACUAGCAGGAUGGCAGCCAUGCAGGGUAACAUUGAACAAGGGUUCAGAUGAUCUAUUUUGUUGUAUAAAAAUUAGGAACACAGAAAAAACAGCAACAAAAUAAAGCAGCUAAGAUGUU